CGACGACAAUGCUCUGAUUGCCUGUGCUGUAGACCACCCUUCUCUGGCCCCUGGGGACAAGAGGAGCGAGCAACCCAUUAGAGUCCUGUGUAAGUGCUGCCCCCACUCGCCAAGGCCUGCCACUGCAACCACAUGUACUUUCAGGUCCAUAAUUAUUGGCACCCUUGAUAAAGAUGAGCAAAAAAGACUGUAAAUAAUACAUCAUAUAAACACUGAGCUACAUAGUUUGCUAAAUAAAAGUGGGAAAUUAUAUUAUUUUAUAAUUAUACAAUUACUCAGAGAAAGAGAUUUUAACAAAUAACAGAAACAAAUCUCUAAAAGAUUGGGGUCAAAAUUAUUGCCACCCCUGUUUUUAACACGCUAGCACCCUUCCCUUGCGAGCAUAACGACACUGAGACUUUUUCUAGAACAUUGGAAGGGAUCUUAGACUAUUCCUCCGUACAGAAUCUUUCCAGAUCCUUGAUAUCCUUCGUCUGCUCUUAUGGACUGCCCUCUUCAAAUCAAACCACAAGUUUUCAAUGGGGUUCAAGUCCGGUGACUGAGAUGGCCAUUGCAAAAUGUUGAUUUUCUGGUCAAUUAACUAUUUCUUUGUGGAUUUUGAUUAGUGCUUGGGGUUGUCGUCUUGCUGGAAGAUUCACUUGCGGUCAAGGUUUUGGGCUAAAAUGUCCUGGUAAAGAUGCCGUUGACCUUAACCCUAGUCCUGAGAUCCCAGCAAAAAUCUGCUUUUCAUUUAUCUGACUUUCAUUUAUCUGCAUGUCCAGUUCUUAUAUUUAGACUCACAACCAAGUGUUUUACCAUUUUAUUUUCAGGACAACCAGGGCUACAACUAGAUCACAAAUUAGACAUAAACAGUUGCAUUCAUGAGUUUUAUUGACAAAUGUCCCAAAGAAAAGAAUUUAUAUGAAUGCAGUAAGUACAGAAAUGGUUUGCUCACUGGGAAAUUAAUAUCCAAUUAGUCAGUGACAACUGUGUGGAGUUUGGAGUUUGUGACAGCAACUAUGUGAGCUUAUUACAGUAUUAUAGACACUAUGUCCUGGGAUUUCCUAUGAUCUUCUAUGAUCUUCUAUGUAGAAGAACUCCUUACCUUCUAACAACUCUUGUGUAGCUUGUAAGAGUCUCAGCUUUUCAUAGAUAGAUUGUAAUAGUUUAUAGCUCAAACCAUUCUGACUCUACAGACAUUUUUGUAAAAAGACCCGGCCCCGGGCUCCUUUGGGAUCCGCCCUUGUCUCACAAACACUGCUCUAGCUCAGCCCCCGUUAAUCACACAGACUAAUGAAUGUAGCUCAAACACACAAUGUUUAAAAGAGGUUAGAAACCCAAAUGAGCCUGCGUUACGGUGGGACUCAUUGGAUUAGCAAGGUCCCCAGGACCAGUGGAAGCAAAAUAGCCCCAUAACAUCAAAGAUCUACAACCAUAUUUUACCGUUGGUAUGAGAUAACUUUCUGCAUAUGCUUCUGUUUUAUUUGUAUAAAAUGUUUUUGUGGUAUUUUACCCCCUUUUUCUCCCCAAUUUUGUGAUAUCCAAUUGCGAUCCAGUCUCAUCGCUGCAACUCCCCAAUGGGCUCGGGAGAGGCGAAGGUUGAGUCAUGCGUCCUCCGAAACAUGACCCGCCAAACCGCGCUUCUUAACACCCGCCCGCUUAACCCAGAAGCCAGCUGCACCAAUUUGUCGGAGAAAACACUGCCCAACUGACGACCGAAGUCAUCCUGCAGGCGCCUGGCCCACCACAAGGAGUCGCUAUAGCGCGAUGAGCCAAGUAAAGCCCCCCUGGCCAAACCCUCCCCUAACUCGGACGACGCUGGGCCAAUUGUGUGCCGCCCUAUGGGAUUCCCGGUCACGGCCGGUUGUGACACAGCCUGUGAUCGAACCUGGGUCCGUAGUGACGCCUCAAGCGCUGUGAUGCAGUGCCUUAGACCGCUGCGCAACUCGGGAGGCUAUGCUUCUGUUUUUCAAUGCCAAACCCACCACUGGUGUGCGUAGCCAACGAGCUCUGUCGUCUGAACAUAGCACCGCCAGGAGUUGAUAAACGGCAUUGUCACUUGGAUUGGAACCAGUGCUAUGGUCAGAUUACAUGAAAAUAGAGCUCUUUGACCAUGCACACCAGGAGUUGGAUAUCAAGAAGGAUAUCAAGGAUCUGGAAAUGGAGGAAUGGUCUAAUAUCCCUCCCAACAUGUUCUCCAAUCUUAUAAAACAUUUUAGAAAAAGGCUCAGUGUCGUUAUCCUCGCAAGGGGAGGGUGCUGUAAUAUUGAAAACAGGGUUGCCAAUAAUUUUGACCCCUGUCUUUUUUAGAUAUUUAUUAUUACUUAAACAACAUAAAAAAAAUUCUGAGCAAUGAUACAUGAUAACAUACGCACGAUACACACACGUACACAUGGAUUUUGUGUUGUAGAUAUGUGGUAGUAGAGUAGUGGACUGAGGGUACACACUUAAUGUGUUGUGAAAUCUGCUGGACCCCAGGAAGAGUAGCUUCUGCCUUGGCAACCCUACCCAUAUGCCUUUCCUACUGCUGGUCAUACCUAUACUGCCACCUGCAGGGGACAUACAGUACCAGUCAAAAGUUUUAGAACACCUACUCAUUCAAGGGUUUUUCUUUAUUUUCACUAUUUUCUACAUUGUAGAAUAAUAGUGAAGACAUCAAAACUAUAAAAUAACACAUAUGGAAUCAUGUAGUAACCAAAAAAGUGUUAAACAAAUCAGAAUAUAUUUUAUAUUUGAGAUUCAAAUUGCCACCCUUUGCCUUGAUGACAGCUUUGCACACUUUUGGCAUUCUCUCAACCAGCUUCACCUGGAAUGCUUUUCCGACAGUCUUGAAGGAGUUCCCACAUAUGCUGAGCACUUGUUGGCUGCAUUUCCUUCACUCUGCUGUCCGACUCAUCCCAAACCAUCUCAAUUGACUUGAGGUCGGGGGAUUGUGGAGGCCAGGUCAUCUGAUGCAGCACUCCAUCACUCUCAUUCUUUGUAAAAUAGCCCUUACACAGCCUGGAGGUGUGUUGGGUCAUUGUCCUGUUGAAAAACAAAUUAUUCUCCCACUAAGCCCAAACCAGAUGGGAUGGCGUAUCGCUGCAGAAUGCUGUGGUAGCCAUGCUGGUUAAGUGUGCCUUGAAUUCUAAAUAAAUCACAGACAGUCUCACCAGCAAAGCACCCCCACACCAUAACACCUCCUCCAUGAUACAGUGGGAAAUACACAUGCGGAGAUCAUCCGUUCACCCACACCGCGUCUCACAAAGACACAGCGGUUGGAACCAAAAAUCUCCAAUUUGGACUCCAGACCAAAGGACAUAUUUCCACUGGUCUAAUGUCCAUUGCUCGUGUUUCUUGAUCCAAGCAAGUCUCUUCUUCUUAUUGGUGUCCUUUAGUAGUGGUUUCUUUGCAGCAAUUCGACCAUGAAGGCCUGAUUCACACAGUCUCCUCUGAACAGUAGAUGUUGAGAUGUGUCUGUUACUUGAACUCUGUGAAGCAUUUAUUUGGGCUGCAAUUUCUGAGGCUGGUAACUCUAAUUAACUUAUCCUCUGCAGCAGAGGUAACUCUGGGUCUUCCAUUCCUAUGAUGGUCCUCAUGAGAGCCAGUUUCAUCAUAGCGCUUGAUGGUUUUUGCGAUUGCACUUGAAGAAACGUUCAAAGUUCUUGAAAUGUUCUGUAUUGACUGACCUUCAUGUCUUAAAGUAAUGAUGGACUGUCGUUUCUAUUUGCUUAUUUGAGCUGUUCUUGCCAUAAUAUGGACUUGGUAUUUUACCAAAUAGGGCUAUCUUCUGUAUACCACCCCUACCUUGUCACAACUCAACUGAUUGGCUCAAACGCAUUAAGAAGGAAAGAAAUUCCACAAAUUAACUUUUGAGAAGGCACACCUGUUAAUUGAAAUGCAUUCCAGGUCACUAAAUCAUGAAGCUAGUUGAGAGAAUGCCAAGAGUGUGCAAAGCUGUCAUCAAGGCAAAGGGUGGCUAUUUGAAGAAUCUCAAGUAUAACAUAAUUUGAUUUGUUUAACACCUUUUUGGUUACUACAUGAUUCCAUGUGUUAUUUCAUCGUUUUGAUGCCUUCACUAUUAUUCUACAAUGUAAAAAAUAGUACAAAUAAAGAAAAACCCUUAAAUGAGUAGGUGUGUCCAAACUUUUGACUGGUAGUGUAUGUGACAGUGAUGUAUUAUUGUUUUUCCAGUCACCCCAGAUGUCACUAUCCAGCCUGAGAGUGAUCUGCCCAGAGAGGGAGGGAAGUUCCACCUGCAGUGCAUUGCCACCGGAAACCCUGAGUAAGACACACACACACACACACAAGCAAACACCCCUACACAUACUCUCAUGAACAACACAUACACAAACAUACACUGCAGGUUCUGUGCUGCAUUAUAGAUGAACCUGCCUUGGACCAGUCAGUCUAUUGAUCGGCUCCUCUCCUCUCGUCCUCCUGUCUACCCCUUUCUCCCCCUCUCAUUCUCUGUCUCCCCCCUGCAUCCCAAAUGGCACCCUAUUCCCCAUAAGGCUCUGGUCAGAAGUAGUACACUAUCUAGAGAAUAGGGUGCCAUUUGGGAUGCACCCUACAGUGCAUUCGGAAAGUAUUCAGACCCCUUUACUUUUUCCACAUUCAAAUGGAUUUUAAAAAAAAAAUCCCUCAUCAAUCUACACACAAUACCCCAUAUAAAAAAGCAAAAACAGGUUUUUAGAAAUGUUUGUCAAUUUAUAAAAAAUAAAAAAAGUACUCAGUACCUUGUUGAAGAAUCUUUGGCAGCGAUUACAGCCUUGAGUCUUCUUGGGUAUGACGCUACAAGCUUGGCACACCUUUUUUGGGGGAGUUUCUCCCAUUCUUCUCUGCAGAUCCUCUCAAGCUCUGUCAGGUUGGAUGGGGAGCGUUGUUUUCAGGUCUCUCCAGAGAUGCUUGAUCGGGAUCAAGUCCGGGCUCUGGCUGGACCACUCAAGGGAAUUCAGAGACUUGUCCCGAAGCCACUCCUGUGUUGUCUUGGCUGUGUGCUUAGGGUCGUUGUCCUGUUGGAAGGUGAACCUUCGCCCCAGUUUGAGGUCCAGUGCGCUCUGGAGCAGGUUUUCAUCAAGGAUCUUUCUAUACUUUGCUCCGUUCAUCUUUCCCUCGAUCCUGACUAGUCUCCCAGUCCCUGCCACUGAAAAACAUCCCCAAAGCAUGAUGCUGACACCACCAUGCUUCACCGUAGGGAUGGUGCCAGGUUUCCUCCAGACGUGACACUUGGCAUUCAGGCCAAAGAGUUCAAUCUUGGUUUCAUCAGACCAGAGAAUCCUGUUUCUCAUGGUCUGAGAGUCUUUAGAUCCCUUUUGGUAAACUCCAAGCGGGCUGUCAUGUGCCUUUUACUGAGGAGUGGCUUCCGUCUGGCCACUCUACCAUAAAGGCCUGACCAAGGCCUGACCAAGGCCCUUCUCCCCCGAUUGCUCAGUUUGGCAAGAAUGAUGGAGGCCACUGUGUUCUUGGGAACCUUCAAUGCUGCAUACAUGUUUUGGUACCCUUCACCAGAUCUGUGCCUCGACUCAAACCUGUCUCUGAGCUCUACAGACAAUGUCUUCGACCUAAUGGCUUGGUUUUUGCUCUGACAUGCACUGGCAACUGUGGGACCUUAAAUAGACAGGUGUGUGCCUUUCCAAAUCAUGUCCAAUCAAUUUAAUUUACCACAGAUAGACUCCAAUGAAGUUGUAGAAACAUCUCAAGGAUGAUCAAUGGAAACAGGAUGCACCUGAGCUCAAUUUUCGAGUCUCAUAGCAAAGGGUCUGAAUACUUAUGUAAAUAAGGUAUUUUCUGUUUCUAAAAACCUGUUUUCACUUUGACAUUAUGGGGUAUUGUGUGUAGAUUGAUGAGGAAAAUUUUUAAUGUAAUCAAUUUUAGAAUAAGGCUGUAACGUAACAAAAUGUGGAAAAAGUGAAGGGGUCUGAAUACUUUCCAAAUGCACUGUAUGUCUCCCUCUAUCUCCCCAUCACUGAUCUCUCUCUCACCCUGUCACUCACACUCACUCAACUCAAUGUCUUUUCUGUCACAGCCUUGUCGAAUCUUCCCGUCUUCCUUCUCGUCCUCACCAAUAAUUCUCUUCUAUCUUGCUUUGCACCUUUUCCGCCCCCAUCCUCCCCCAUCCCUCCUCUCUUUGCUCUCCUUUAAGGUUAUGCGUCAGCCUGUCACAGCCUCUCCAGUCACAGAAUGCGUCCCAAAUGGCAACCCAUUCCCUAUAAAAUGCACUACACUUGACCAGGGUCCAUAGGGCUCUGGUCAAAAGUAGUGCACUAUUUAGGGAAUAGGGUGCCAUUUAGGAUGCACCCAGAGUACUUCGGAUAGUCUGUCUGAAUAGACAGCCGGUGUGUGAGUGGCAGGGGAACAGAUAGAGAGAGGGGAGAAGAGCUCAGCACAUGCAUAUCCCUAAGAGGCCGCACAACAUCAGAAUAUCUAACAGGCCGGCAUAGAAGGCAGGGAUAGAGGGAUGGGGGAGGGGAAAAUAGUAUUUCUCUUUUGAAACUUUUGUUUGUUUAAUGUUAACUGUACAUUUGUGAUUGUUUAUUUCACUUGCUUUGGCAAUGUUAAUGUAUGUUUCCCAUGCCAAUAAAUCCCUUUUGAAUUGGAGAGGGAGAGGGAGAGGUAGAGGUAGAGGAAGAGGGAACAUGCACAGCUCCUUGGCCGAAGGACUAAUGACCAGUCAGAUACAGUCUGGGUCUCAGCUGUCAAUCAAAUACAAUCACCAUGGCAACAUAUCUGCUGCUCUAAAUCUGACCCACCGUUUCUCGCAGACAAACUGACGCUGAUGAAGUUUCACAUUUAACUGCAUAAUAUAAUCAGAAAACGUUUUAUUACAACGAUACGGCUUGUUUCUGAGAAUGUCUUGACGUGAUGAACAAGAGCUAUUUCAAGACGCUCUAAUUAAAUAAAAUGGAAUGUACCCCCUCUCUACUGGAGGACUAUCGCGCUGAAUUCCAUUCCAUUCAAUUACAUUACAUAACAUUCCGUUCCAGUCCUAUCUAUUUGAUCAGCAGACCCUGAAGUGCUUGCAAUUGCAUACCAUUUCCGUAUUAGUAGUCAGUUAUAAAUCUCAGUCCAUUCUGUAACACAGUCAUACCCAGAUGAUAGCUUUACAUGCUGAAGCCUUAGCACAUUAUUGCACACUUGGCACUCAAUCCAUAUACACACAUGAAACAUAACCAUACACACUAUUCACUCUAUGUAAUGAACAAGGACAAACAGUGCCUAAGGGAAAGUAUUCAUACCCCUUGACUUAUUCCACAAUUUGUUGUGUUACAGCCUGAAUUCAAAAAUUGCUAUUUUUUCUCACCCAUCUGCACAAAGUGAAAACAUGUUUUAGAAAUGAAAUACAGAAAUAUCUCAUUUACAUAAGUAUUCACACCCCUGAGUCAAUACAUGUUAAAAUCACCUUUGGCAACAAUUACAGCUGUGAGUCUUUCUGGAUAAGUCUCUAAGAGCUUUGCACACCUGUAUUGUACAAUAUUUGCACGUUAUUCUUGAAAAAAUAAACGCUCUGUCAAGUUAGUUGUUGAUCAUUGCUAGACAGCUAUUUUCAAGUCUUGUCAUAGAUUUUCAAGCUGAUUUAAGUCAAAACUGUAACUAGGCCACUCAGGAACAUUCAGUAUCAUCUUGGUAAGCAACUCAUGUGCAUAUUUGGCCUUGUGUUUUAGGUUAUUGUCCUGCUGAAAGGUGAAUUUGUCUCCCAGUGACUGUUGGAAAGCAGACUGAACCAGGUUAAACUCUAGGAUUUUGCCUGUGCUUAGAUCUAUUCCGUUUAUUUUUAUCCCCAAAAAACUCCCUAGUUUAUUAAAAAAAUACCUUAUUUACAUAAGUAUUCAGACCCUUUGCUAUGAGACUCGAAAUUGAGCUCAGGUGCAUCCUGUUUCCAUUGAUCAUCCUUGAGAUGUUUCUACAACUUGAUUGGAGUCCACCUGUGGUAAAUUCAAUUGAUUGGACAUGAUUUGGAGGGGCACAAACCUGUCUACAUUUACAUAAGUAUUCAGACCCUUUACUCAGUACUUUGUUGAAGCACCUUUGGCAGCGAUUAAGGCCUCGAGCCUUCUUGGUUAUGACACUACAAGCUUGGCACACCUGUAUUUGGGGAGUUUCUCCCAUUUUUCUCUGCAGAUCCUCUCAAGCUCUGUCAGGUUGGAUGGGAAGCGUCGCUGCACAGCUAUUUUCAGGUCUCUGUAGCUCAGCUGGUAGAGCAUGGCGCUUGUAACGCCAAGGUAGUGGGUUCGAUCCUCGCGUCUGCUAAAUGGCAUAUUAUAUUAUUAUUAUAUUAUAGAUGUUUGAUCGUGUUCAAGUCCGGGCUCUGGCUGGGCCACUCAAGGACAUUCAGAGACUUGUCCCGAAGCCACUCCUGCGUUGUCCUGAAGCCAGGAUCGUUGUCCUGUUGGAAGGUGAACCUUCAACCCAGUCUGAGGUCCUGAGUGCUCUGGAGCAGGAUUUCAUCAAGGAUCUCUCUGUACUUUGCUCCAUUCAUCUUUCCCUCGAUCCUGACUAGUCUCCCAGUCCCUGCCGCUGAAAGACAUCCCCUCAGCAAGACGCUGCCACCACCAUGCUUCACUGUAGGGAUGGUGCCAUCCCACGGGGGGCCAGUAUGAAAAAAAUUAUAUAUAUAUAUAUAUAUAUAUAUAUAUAUAUAUAUAUAUAUAUAUAUAUAUAUAUAUAUAUAUAUUCACUAACUGUAAGUCACUCUGGAUAAGAGCGUCUGCUAAAUGACUAAAAUGUAAAUGUAAAUGUAAAUGUACCAGGGUUCCUCUUGACGUAACGCUUGGCAUUCAGGGCAUAGAGUUCAAUCUUGGUUUCAUCAUCCUUUAGGUGCCCUUUGGCAAACUCCAAGUGGGCUGUCAUGUGCCUUUUACUGAGUAGUGGAUAAGAAAUGGAUUGAAUACUUAUUGACUCAAAAGAUUUCAGCUUUUAAUUUUUUAUUUGUUUGUAAAAAAUUAUAGAAACAUAAUUCCACUUUGACAUUAUGGGGUAUUGUGUGUAGGCCAAUGACACAAAAUCUAAAUUUAAUCAAUUUUAAAUUCAGGCUGUAACACAACAAAAUGUGGAAAAAGUCAAGGGGUGUGAAUAUUUUCUAAAGGCACUGUAUGUACCAACAUAUACAGGUGUGGAAUCAUAAUUUGACCAGUUUCUUCACAGUUGUAAAAUAAUCCUGCAGCAGGAGGAUUUGAUUAUUCAAAAAAAAAAGUGAUACUUUUUAAACAGGAAAUGUGUUUUGAUAGGCUACGGUAGGCUAUAGUUUAGGUGUUCCCUACGGGUGCAUUUCGGAUACACUUGUAUGUCGUAGGGGAGACCAAUAUAUUUUGUUAUUAAGCUAUAUAAAAUAACGGUUGUUGAUGUGUAUGGCUGCAUUUCAGAUAAAUUCUGGUACAUUUCAAUGUCACAGUAGUAGGACCUACAGUAGAAGGACAUUUAUUAUGUCUGGUGCUUUAGCAUUUGAGCGAGAGAGAAAGAGAACUGCGGGUUUUCAAUGAAUUUAUGUAAAUCAUGAGGCUCAUUUGAAUUUCCUGCGGUGCAGGAAAAUUCUCAGCAACAACAGAGUGAUCAAAUUAAGAUACCACAUCUGUAAGUAUAAGGGAAAGAUGAACUCUGUAGAUAUUCAUAUGCCCCUAAAAUGGAUUCAUCACAUCAACAAAUCCAGUAAUACAAUACUCAUAUUACAUAAUUGAUUCCUGUAUCACACUAGUUCUGACUGGUAAACAGUCUGCUGCAUGUAUGUUGCCCACAGUCCAUUUUUUAAAUUCUAAUCUCUUUUCUCUUUGUCCACUCUCGUUCUGUCUGUCGUGUCUGUCUGUCUCUUUCUCUCUCUCUCUCUCUAUCUCUCUCUCUCUAUCUCGCCCUCUCUCUCUCUCAGGCCUAUCUUGUACGUGUGGCAGAAGAAGGAUGGAGAGCUCCCUCCGCUGGCCAAGGUGGAUGGUAGUGUCCUGCGCUUUGAGAUGCUCAACAAAUCAGACAACGGCGUGUACCUUUGUCAGGCCGACAAUGGCAUCGGGAAUGUGCAGGGACAGUACACACUGUUGGUGCAAGGUACUGACCAUAGAAAGAGAGGAGGAGGGAGAGAAAAAGGGAGAGAGAGAGGGUGAUGGUAGAGAAGCAGCUUGUCCAGGGCAGAAUGUUAUAUUUCUUCUUCCUUCAUCAUUUUUUAUUUAUUUCUGUUGCUGUGUGGUUUCUACUACUACUUUUACUUUCACGUUUCUUUUCUGAUUUUAUUUACAUUUAUUUUCUGUUUAUUUCUCUUUAUCCACCACACCAUCCACCUCGCGCUUCACUCCUUCGCUUUUUUGCUACACAUCCAUCCUGUACACCGUGCCAAUGUCUCGCCUUUCUUUCUCUCUAUCUACUCCUCCGCUCUAACUACCUCUCCAUAUUCCCUUCAUGUCUUCUCCUUUAUCCAAGACCUGACAGAUGAUUCAAACUACCUCUUCCCUACCUCUUUCUAUCUACCCUCAUCUUCUCCGACCUCUGACUCCCCCCCUCCCUCUCUUUUUCACGAUUCUUUCUCUCAAUCCCCAUCUCUUAUGCCAACAAUGUCUGGCUCUGGGUCUGGGUUGUCUGACUCUGUGUCCCUACCUGCCACUUCUCCUCCUGCUAUCUUCUCCUUCUCUAUCCCUUACCCAUCUGACCUCACUAUCACCCCUUCUUCCCCUUCUUCCUCCUCUUCAUCCCCCUCUACCUCUUCUCCCUCUCCUUCUCUCUCUCCCUCUCUCUCUCCCUCUCCUCCUCCUGUCAAUGUUCCAUCUACCUCUCUUUCCAACUCUCUCUUCCCUGAUCUUCCACUGUCUCAGGAACCCCUUCCCCCCACAUCCUCCUCCUCCUCCUCCCCCUCUUCUUCUUCCUCCUCUUCUUCCCCUCAUCCUACCAGCAUUACUCCCUCUGUCGCUCCCCCCUCCUCGGUCUCCCUCACUCCCUCCUCAGUUCCCAUACAGCUGAAUGGAGUUUACAGUUUCACAGGUAAAUUAUCUCAGUUACACACUCAGACAGUAUGUAUACACACACACACACACACUGGCAUUAACAGUUGUACCGUCACGAACAAACACAUUCAUAGACUCUCAGAGAUCCUAAUAGUAUCCUAAUUGCACUGUGGGUAAACAAGAAAUGCAGUUUGUAGAGUCUACAUCAACAUUGACCAGGUACACUUUACUGAGGAAGGUGUAGACAUUGCAUGUGACCAGGACUUCUCAUCAAAGGGCAUUUGGGAGUAGGGUGAAGUUCCCCCUAGACACUGAUCUUGGGUCAGUUUUGCAUUUCCCCCUCUAAUGGCUAAGGUUAGGAUUGGGAAGGGAAAGCUGAUCCUAGAUCUGUACCUAGGGGAAACUUUACCCCGGAGCAGGCAUUUCAUUUUCAACAACACUCACCCCUUCACUGUUUUCAUAUUUUCUAUUUUUUCAUUUUUCUCCUGUUUUUGUCCUCCUUCAUUCUGACCCCCUUACACUCGCGUGUCCAUGUCUCACUCGUCUAACCAUCCAUCCAUCCAUCCAUCCAUCCAUCCAUCCACCUCCAUCUAUUGAGGAGAUGGUCCAGACAACAUUGCAGGUAUUUUUUUUCACAGUCACCUGUCUGUCUGUCUGUCUCUGUCUCAAUUUGUCUGUCUGUCUGUCUGUCUCUGUCUGUCUGUCUGUCUGUCUGUCUGUCUGUCUGUCUGUCUGUCUGUCUGUCUGUCUGUCCAUUUUCCUCUGCCUCAAAUAAAGAAAGUAGUAGUGUGGGGACAGUGUGAACUGAACUCUCUAAUAAAUGCUUUCAUACUCUUCUUCCCCCACAUACAAUGCAUUCGGAAAGUAUUCAGACCCCUUGACUUUUUCCACAUUUUGUUACUUAUUCUAAAAUUGAUUAAAUAAAACAUUUUCCUCUUCAAUGUGCACACAAUACCCCAUAAUGACAAAGCGAAAACAGGUUUUAAGAAAAGAAAAAAUAUAUAUAUAUUUACAUAAAGAUUCAGACCCUUUGCUAUGAGACUCGAAAUUGAGCUCAGGUGAAUCCUGUUUCCAUUGAUCAUCAUUGAGAUGUUUCUACAAGUUGAUUGGAGUCCACCUGUGGUAUAUUAAAUUGAUUGGACAUGAUUUGUAAAGGCACACACCUGUCUAUAUAAGGUCCCACAGUUGACAGUGCAUGUCAGAGCUAAAACCAAGCCAUGAGGUCAAAGGAAUUGUCCGUAGAGCUCUGAGACAGGAUUGUGUCAAGGCACAGAACUGGGGAAGGGUACCAAAAAAUGCCUGCAGCAUUGAAGGUCCCCAAGAACACAGUGGCCUCCAUCAUUCUUAAAUGGAAGAAGUUUGGAACUUCCAAGAAUCUUCCUAGAGCUGGCCGCCCGGCCAAACUGAGCAAUCGGGGUAGAAGGACCUUGGUCAGGGAGGUGACCAAGAACCGGAUGGUCACUCUGACAGAGCUCUAGAGUUCCUCUGUGGAGAUGGGAGAAUCUUCCAGAAAGACAACCAUCUCUGCAGCACUCCACCAAUCAGGCCUUUAUGGUAGAGUGGCCAGACGGAAGCCACUCCUCAGUAAAAGGCACAUGACAGCCCGCUUGGAGUUUGCUAAAAGGGACCUAAAGACUCUCAGACCAUGAGAAACAAGAUUCUCUGGUCUGAUGAAACCAAGAUUGAACUCUUUGGCCUGAAUGCCAAGCAUCACAUCUGGAGGAAACCUGGCACCAUCCCUACGGUGAAGCAUGGUGGUGGCAGCAGGGACUGGGAGACUAGUCAGGAUCGAGGGAAAGAUGAACUGCGCAAAGUACAGAGAGUCCUUGAGUGGCCCAGCCAGAGCCCUGACUUGAACCUGAUCGAACAUCUCUGGAGAGACCUGAAAAUAGCUGUGCAGCGACGCUCCCCAUCCAACCUGACGGAGCUUGAGAGGAUCUUCAGAGAAGAAUGGGAGAAACACCCCAAAUUCAAAAAGUCAAUGCGUCUGAAUACUUUCCGAAUUAACUGUACAUAUUGUUUUCUUUCUCUGACCUGCUCUCCAGCUCUCUCUCACACACACACACACACACACACCCCUCUAUAGUACCCCGUACAUACAUAAACAUGCACCUUUAAGUGGUCUGAGUCUGUAACACUGUGUGUGUGUGUAAUAUGCAAGGGCCAGGCUCAGGGGUUGCUGUCUUGUCUCAUGGUUCCUGUCUGCGUUCCAAAUGGCACCCUAUUUCCUAUAUACGUGCACUACUUGUGACCAGAUGCCUAUGGGUUUCCCUAUGGGCCCUUCUCAAAAGUAGUGCAUUAUGUAGGAUAUAUGGUUCCAUUUGGGACACCGUCCCUGUCUCAUUUCCCUGGUGGUGCUGACAGCAGGAUUUAUGUGUUAAUUCACAAUACUGCCUCCUCAGCAAGGACUCUCUCUCUCUUUCACCUCCUCACUGGUCUCCCCCCUGCCGUGCUUCUCUCUCUUCUCUCUGACGGACGCUACCAGUCAGGGGCCUCCCUCUCUCCUCUCUCUCCUCCUCUCCUCCCAUGUGUUUGGCUCUUGGUUGGCUGUGGCUGCGUCCCAAAUGUCAUCCUAUUGCCUGUGUAGUGCACUACUUUGGACCAGAGCCCAUAAGGAUCACCAUAGGGCUCUGGUCAAAAGCAGUGCACUACAUAGGGAAUAGGAUGACAUUUGUGACACAGACUGUUGGCUGUGUCCCUCUUAUCUCUCUCCCUUGGUUUCUUAUCAAGGCAUCGUGUGGUGGUGCCACUCAAUUUACUAGAAUCCUCUGUAUCGUCCUUUUGUAUCUCAGUCUCUCUGUGCUUUAUGUGUUAUAGUCUUUGGUCUUACAGUUCUAUAGCUACAUCUGGGUGACUGUCUGUCAACGUGACAGUGGGUUUGAUAGAGGGUUUGAACCAAAGCCAUGCAAAGUUAAAGAGGUGUUUAGUGAGCUACCAGAUACAAUUAAAAUCAUAUUUUCUGUGGAAGAGAGAGUGGUGUAGUUUGAUGAUAAGCCCCUAACAUACGCUAAGCACUCCGCCUGGUAGAUUAUGGGAUCGUCCCAAAUGGCACCGAAUUCCCUAUGUAGUGGGCCCUGGUCAAAAGUAGUGCACUAUGUUGGGAAUAGGGUGCCAUUUAAGACACAGCCUACAUUACACAUCACCCACAUGAGGAAAACUUCUAGCAAAGGUCCCCAUGGAUGCAUAAAGGAAUGUGCUUUAUACUUUUAAUGACUUUUUUAUGUUCCAUUCGGUUUAAUGCAUCUGGUGUAUUCAUGCGUUUUUUUAUUUUGCAUGGCUUUCUCAUCCCUUUCUUUGGGUUUAGUUUAGUUUGUAAUGUUUCCGUUUUUAGACUAAUGCUGUGUCUUUCCCUCUUAUCUCUCCUCUCUCUCCCUUUCUCUCUGCCUUUCUCUCUGCCUUUCUCUCUGCCUUUCUCUCUCCUUUUCUCUCUCCCUUUCUCUCUCCCUUUCUCUCUCCCUUUCUCUCUGCCUUUCUCUCUGCCUUUCUCUCUCCCUUUCUCUCUCCCUUUCUCUCUCCCCUUCUCUCUCCCCUUCUCUCUCCUUUUCUCUCUCCCUUUCUCUCUCCCUUUCUCUCUGCCUUUCUCUCUCCCUUUCUCUCUCCCUUUCUCUCUGCCUUUCUCUCUCCCUUUCUCUCUCCCUUUCUCUCUCCCUUCCUCUUCUCUCUCCCUUUCUCUCUCUUCUGUCCCUCUCCCUUUCUCUCUCUCUGUCUCACUCUCUCUAUAUAUAUCUGUCUCUCUCCCUUCUGUCCCUCUCUUUCCUCUCUCGUCCCCUCUCUCUCUCUUGCUCUCUCCCUAUUCUGUCUCUCUCGUUCUCUCUCUCUCUCUCUCUCUCCCCCUCUUGUCUUUCUCCCUCUCUCUCGCUCUCUCUCGCUCAGACCCCACUGCCAUGUCUACCUCUUCAGGAGUGGACCAUGCUGUGAUUGGAGGAGUGGUGGCGGUCAUCGUCUUCAUCCUGCUCUGUCUUCUCAUCGUCUUGGGCAGAUACCUCAUCAGACACAAAGGUGACCCUUGACCCUUACCUUAACAUAUACCCCCACUCAAGAGGAGGCUCUUGGGAGGAGCUAUAGGAGGACGGGCUCAUUGUAAUGGCUGGAAUUGAAUCAAUGCAACAGUAUCAAACAUAUGGAAACCACAUUUGACUUCGUUCCAUUUAUUCCAUUCCAGCCAUUAUAAUGAGCCCAUCCUCCUAUAGCUUCUGCCACCAGCCUCCACUGCCCCACUCAUAAUCACUUCUCAUUCCCCUCCAAGACCAUUGCUUUUCUAAUUCAAGUGUAGUCAUUGUAGUUAUUUCACUAUUUCUCCAUAGUUCAAUUUCCUCUCCACUGCUACUCUAGGAUGGGCACCAGUCUGUUUGUGCUAACAUUCUGCUCCUUGCCACUCCAUGUCAUGGCAAACAUGUUUGCCAUGUAUGUUUGGCAUAUGACACAUAGUACAAAGAGUGGAAUGUUAGCAGAAAACUGGUCUGUAUUUCAGGCUACUGCUACUCUACUUCCAUUGAUUCCAAACCCAGUGUUAUCAUUACAGAGAUUCUAUAUGUAAUUCUGUGGUUGUUAUCACUCCACUCCAAGCCCAUUGUGAUACGCUACAUCUCUCCACUCCUACAUCACUUAUUCUGUAACCUCUGACCCUAGGGUCUGUCUGUGUCUGUAUCCACAGGGACAUAUCUUACCCAUGGCGCACCCACAAACACACACGCACGGACACCCGCAGGCACGCACACGCACACACCUCUGACCCACGGUCUGUCUGUGUCCACAGGGACAUAUCUUACCCAUGAGGCAAAGGGCUCCGACGAUGCUCCCGAUGCCGACACGGCUAUCAUCAAUGCCGAGGGCGGCCAUUCCGGAGCGGAGGACAAGAAAGAGUACUUCAUC